AUGCCGCUCGUUAUUUUAACCGGAUACCCGUGUUCGGGCCUCACCCACCGCGCCAACCAGCUCGCCUCCUUGCUGGAAAAACAUCAAGAUGAAGUGUUCGCAGCCGCAGAAGCAGGCACGCCGGUCUCAUUGAAGUCUCGAUACAAGAUCCAUGUUGUCGGAUCGCACGACUCGUCCCACCCGCGCAUCGUCUAUGAUCAUGCCCGCACAGAGAAGGAGGCGCGCGGAGUUGCCUAUGCUCGCACCAAGCGCGUACUCAAGCGAGACAGCAUUGUCAUCCUUGACGGAAUGAACUAUAUCAAAGGAUGGCGGUAUCAGCUUUGGUGUGAGGCCAAAGCAGCACAAACAACUUCCUGUGUGGUUCACGUGGGAACCCCCGUCGACAAAUGUGUCGCCAACAACGACGCCCGCCUGCAACGCGACGCCAAUAAAAAUCAGAACACAAACGAUACUGCUGAAAGCACAGAUACCCUCGAUACCGAAGAGGCAUACCCAUCCGAACUACUAAACAACCUUAUCUUCCGCUACGAAGAGCCAAGCACCCAUAGCCGCUGGGAUAAGCCACUCUUCACGGUUCCUUACGACGACCCCGAGCCUCCAGUAUCAGAUAUAUUCGAAGCUCUUACGGGUGUGGUUCUCCCCACAGAAAAGCCUACCCUCCCAAGUCUCACCACUCUCGCCCCCGCUCUCUCCGACACAGCCAGCACAGCAACAGGCGGACCAAGAGGCAGCCGUCUAUCAACCCGCCCGCGAAUCGUACCUCACCAGGCCACCGUCCAAGCAAGCGCCACAGAUCCAAAUGCGAUGUACGCAAUGGAAAAGCGUACUUCAGCGGUCGUGACUGCAAUUCGUAAUUUCACGACGAGGUAUCCCACCGCAGAUAUCGCUCUCGCUCAGAGCGAUAACGCUAAUGGUGUCACGAUUUCUGUGCCGGACAUGACAGUUGCAGUCUUCUUGCCGUCACAUAUAGUACUAUCAGGAACGACAGAAGAGCUUGCUGGCGCGGGUGGUGUUCUUGCGCUGCCAAGGUUGCAGAGGCUAAGGAGACAGUGGAUUGGCUUGAAUCGGGCUUAUAUCGGUCGUGGUGCUGGAGCUUUGGCCGCCGAGCAGAUUGGUGAUGCUUUUGUUCGAUUCCUCAAUGCGGAAUUUUCUGGCGCUGCGGGUGAGGCUGAGGAUUAG